UCGACAGGUACGUGACACAGUUGACUGGGCGCGCGCAGCCGUUCGCUCUCCGUGGUGCUGAAUCUUCUAACCGCCUCACCGGAGAUCCUCGCGACAGAUAAGAGAUAGUGCACCGUCUUCCACUGGAAAAUAACGAUAUAAUUUGGACUUUUCAGCGCUAUCAUCGACGUUUUUUUCCCCUUCUUGAUCUUAUCAUAACAUGGAUACAUUUGAAACUUUAUCAAGAGAGUGAUUGUUUUUAGUACCAUUUGACAGGGAUCUGUUCAAGAUGGCACUGAAUGGAUAUACAUUGCAUAAGGCAAAGGAAGAUUUAUCAGACUACUGUUUUGUGACUGUGAAACCGUACCACAUCUGAUUGGUCGUGUAUUUCUGCAAUACUGCCUAGUCGUUUUUUCAAAGCUCUUUCAAAACACCUGACAUUGGAUGUCUAAACCUCAAUUGUCUUUAUAGAAAGAGGCACUUCAUUUGGAUUAUCAUCUUGACAAAUAUGUUCAUUAAUAUUCUACACUUGAAUUCGUUAUUGUAAAAUCGUAGAAAUCGAACAGAGGAGAAUUUGGCAUCAUGGAAUCCGGCCCAGAACCAGUUAAGCAGCGUGCAUUCCCACCCAGUAAAGAAGGGCUGAAGAAUUUGGCAGGAAAGACCUUCGGACAUCUUUACAGGGCGCUGGAGAAACAUCAGAAGACAGGUGAGGUGAUCGAGCUAACCGAGGACGGACGGCCCUCAGCGCAGCACGAGAAGAAACCGCCACUAUGUGACUGCACGUGCUUCGGCCUUCCCCGCCGCUACAUCAUCGCCAUCAUGAGCGGCCUCGGCUUCUGCAUUUCUUUCGGCAUCCGCUGUAACCUGGGCGUGGCUAUUGUGGGCAUGGUCAAUAACAGCACGGUGCACGAGAACGGCAAGAUCGUCAUCAAAGAGAAAGCAAAGUUCAACUGGGACCCAGAGACGGUGGGAAUGAUCCACGGUUCAUUUUUCUGGGGCUACAUCGUCACCCAAAUACCUGGAGGAUGGAUAUGCUCACGAUUAGCAGCAAAUAGAGUGUUCGGGCUAGCCAUCUUCCUCACGUCAACCCUCAACAUGCUGAUUCCAUCCGCGGCUCGGGUUGACUAUCGCUGCGUCAUCUGUGUCAGGAUUCUACAAGGCCUGGUCGAGGGCGUGACCUACCCAGCAUGCCAUGGGAUCUGGAGUAAGUGGGCCCCACCACUGGAAAGGAGUCGUUUGGCUACCACUUCCUUCUGUGGGUCCUAUGCUGGGGCUGUGAUAGCCAUGCCUCUUGCUGGCAUCUUGGUGCAGUACUCUGGCUGGUCUUCUGUCUUCUAUCUAUAUGGGUCCUUUGGGAUAGUCUGGUACAUGUUUUGGAUCCUGGUGUCUUACGAGAGUCCGGAGGUCCACCCCACCAUCACAGACGAGGAGCGACGUUACAUUGAGGAGAGCAUCGGAGAGGGUCAACAACUAAUGGGCCCUGCCGAUAAAUUCAAGACUCCGUGGAAGAAGUUUUUUACCUCUAUGCCCGUCUAUGCAAUUAUCGUGGCCAACUUCUGCCGGAGCUGGACUUUCUAUCUGCUCCUCAUCAGUCAGCCAGCCUACUUCGAGGAGGUGUUCGGCUUCGAGAUCAGCAAGGUGGGGAUGGUGUCGGCGCUGCCUCACCUGGUGAUGACCAUCAUUGUGCCCAUUGGAGGGCAGCUGGCUGACUGGCUUCGCUCCAGGAACAUCCUGUCCACCACCACCGUCAGGAAGAUCAUGAACUGUGGAGGGUUUGGAAUGGAGGCCACUCUCCUCUUGGUGGUGGGUUUCUCUCACACCAAGGGUGUGGCCAUCUCUUUCCUGGUCCUGGCUGUUGGCUUCAGUGGCUUCGCUAUAUCAGGCUUCAAUGUGAACCACCUGGACAUCGCUCCUCGCUAUGCCAGUAUCCUGAUGGGCAUCUCCAAUGGCGUGGGGACCCUGUCCGGCAUGGUCUGCCCUCUCAUUGUGGGGGCCAUGACAAAAAACAAGACCCGAGAGGAGUGGCAGUGGGUGUUCCUCAUCGCUGCCCUCGUCCACUACGGUGGCGUCAUCUUCUAUGGGAUCUUCGCGUCGGGUGAGAAGCAGCCAUGGGCCGACCCGGAGAUGACCAGCGACGAGAAGUGUGGCUUCAUCGAGGAGGAUGAGCUGGCAGAGGAGACGGGUGACAUCACCCAGGGCUACAGCGGCGGCAUGGCGGCCGUGGGGGCAGGAAAGAGUUACGGGGCCACCGCCGUGGGGAUCAACGGGGGCUGGGUGGCGCCCGACGGCUGGGAGAAGGUGGAGGAGGAGCCAGUGGGACACACCUGGGCUGACUGAGGCUCCUCCCACACCAAAGGGCCGUAUGUACCAGGAAGCUGGUGCUAAUCUUGGAUCAGUUAUGUCACAAAGAGUAAUGUAACACGUAUAUGGAGCUGAUCCCAGAUCAGCAUGCCUGUGCCCAGAUGCCCUGAUACAUGUGGCCCCAAAUAUAGGGAUUUUACGGGGGUUUUGGGGGAGCCUAGCCUGGUUUCCCAUCUGGUUGUGCUGUCCUGACAGGUCUUAUAAUAACCAUAGCAACUAAUACAAUCAUCACGGCAUAUACAGAUCUGGGAUCAGGCUAUGGAAGUCCCCCCCCCCCCCCCCAAAAAAAAAUAAAAGUACAAAUAAUGUUGUGGUUUGCACAAAUAAGCAUACAAAUGUAAAAGAAUUCAGCAACGACAACAAAAAAACUAAAAAUACACCCGUUGGUUCAAAAUAUGAGUGUAAAAUAUAUUUCCAGUUCAGCACAAUGCAGUACAAUCUGAAAUAGAUUGUGAUAGAAUCCGCGUCUAAACCAUCUAGACUUUUCACUCCUAGCAGUUCGAGGGAAAAUAUCGGCUGAGUUAAAAUACCUUUAAGGCUCCUUUACCUUGUCAGUGUGUACUUGAAACAACAUAACGAGCCAGAUAUUGUUGCAGAUGACCAUCACAUGUCUAAAAAAAACCUUGUUUAAAAUACCAGUUUCUGAUUGCACUGAUACUGUAAGUAUUUGAAAACAAACUAGAUACUACUAUCAUAAUUAUUAUUAUAUUUCUUAUCCAUGGCAUUUUAUGUAACUGUACAUAUGACGUUACUGUUUCUGUGAGACUCUUGUGGAUUUGGGUCGUCGAUCUGUGUGAACAUUGUUAUAAAGGCCAUAUUUUUCAUGGACAAAACCUUUUCAGGGAGUUGUCUGAUCUGCUACAAAAAAAGUCUUGUUUUCAAGCAAGGCCGAAACCACUAAGAAAAAGAAAAAAACGUGUGUGUGGGUGUGUGAAGUAUGGGUGUGAGGUGUGAACUCAAAUGUAAAAUUUCUAUGUGCGUUGUUGCAUGAAUUUGCUGAAAUCAAUGUUUCUAGUACAGCUAUUUCACAGCCAUUGGUAGUUCUCAUCUCUUUCACUGCUUUGUUUUUGGGUAAUAUGUCCUGUGCCAUAUCAGUGACUUAACGUGGACUUAACAUGUUACAACGUUGGCAGCCAUGAGGGACAAAAAUGUAAUAAUUAAUAAUAACAAUAAUAAGAAGUCUGAAAAUGGACACUGGCUACAUGAGCGCAUGUUCUCCGUGUUGGUCUGGUAUUUCAAAGGGUAUGUGUGUAUGUGAAGGAGAACUCUCAAGGGCAUCAUCGAUUGGGCAACUGUGUUUGAUGUGCGUUGCAAUAACUCCUCACGAAGCUGCUGCAUAGGGUCAUUCCAUUUCUGUUCUGUAGAAUAGUGUGACAACUGGCUUGCUGUAUCUACGGUAAUGUAAUUGUUUAAUGGAGUCAUGUGAUAAAGGCUAACAUAAAAAGUGUACGUUUAUAUAAAUAGCCGGUGUUAGGAAAAGACCAAUUACAACACUGCAUUAUAAUCCAGAGACGAUUUUAACAUUUCGCCAGAUAAGAAGACCUGAAAAUCUGAACAGAAGGGAUUUUGUUUGGAUCUCGGUUGCUAUGUGUACUAAUUGAGAGUAUAAGGGGACAUUGCUGUAAUAGCUCACUGAUUAUCAUGAAUGUUCAUUGGCUUGAAUGAGUUCAUAGUUCAGAUGUACCUUAGCCCUUUCCCCUCAUUGAUCACUAUAUAUUAUAAUAAUUACCAUCAAGGAUGUUUAAAAAAUAUAUGUAUACAGAAAAAUAUACGAAUACUGAAGAAUGUGUAACAUGACCAAAAUAUGCUAUAUUCAGACUUGGAGUCUGAUGUUUAUGUAUGUAUGUUUAUAUAUAAAUUAUAAAUGUGAUUUUA